AUGGCGGCUGGCACCGCCGGCCAGGGGAGCGGGCUGGGCCCGCGGUUUGCCGGAGCCCUGCAGCGAGCCCCGGCUGUGCUGGGAGAGUCGCUGGCUCUGCUGGGCACCGGGAAGGGCACAAGGGAUUGUCUGAGCUGCAGACCUCUUCAAGCUAGUCUUGCAGUUGUGAAUUUUAUGAAAUGUUCAUUCAUAAAUGGAAAGGAAAAACACAACACUAACACAAUCAAUGUAUUCAAAAUGGCACAAAAAGUAGCUUGGACAUACUUGCCACAACGUCUCUUCAGCCCUCCUUAUUCCAAGCUUACCCAUUCAACUCCCUAUGAGCAGUUGGUUUGCUUCUGUGGGUUGCAGUUGAAAUCUUUUGUUUCAAGCUGUGAAAAAAAGUUACCAACUAAAUGUGGGCACAAGGAGUGCAAGAAGCAGAUGCUUGAACGCUCAAUAUUGGAACUGAGAAACACUGUAACAGAACUGGAAAAAAGUCUUAACACUGUUGAAAAUGAAGAUAACGAAUGGAAAACCAGGUAUGAGACACAAGUAGAAUUGAACAAACAGCUGGAAAGGCAAAUUAAUAUUCUUCGAGAUAAGGUGGAGCUUAUUCGUGGAAAUCCAGCAGAUAAACUGUCCAUUGUUCGCACCUUUGAUAAAAUGCCUGUGGGUUCCUUAAAGAGGGCUCUUAAACAGCUGGAAGAAGAGAAGAAAAGUCUCCAGAAUCAGCUAAAGGACUAUGAACUUAGACUGGAACAAGAAGCAAAGGCUUACCACAAAGUUAAUGAUGAGCGGCACAUGUACCUCUCAGAGAUCUUACAGACCUCAGCUAAACUUAAAAUUGUUGAAAGGCAAAAAACAGAUGCUAUGACUGGGAAGGGAGAAAAGCAGAUACUGAGAGGAAGACACAGUGUUCCAGGAAACCCGAAGAUGGUUAACCCUCAAAAAAGAUCAAUUAAAAAGACUGUAGGAAUGAACCAGCUUCCACAAUUAAAGCACUGAUUUAAUAGUAGUGCUA